CCAGAGGAAACAUGAAUCCCUCCCCAACCCCACCCAGCCUCUCCUCAUAACCUGGAAAUAAAGCGACGCAGAAAAAGACGUGAAAAUAAAUAAGUAAUGCCGUAGCCGUGCCUUGCUUUACCUCAGCAUUUGUGUGUGUUGCUCAGUAACACGGCAUCGUUUUGUCCUUCAGCUUUGGCAAGACAGAUGUGAUCUGGAUUAAUUUGAGGCAGAGGCAGGGCUCUGUUAUCGGCAGCAGCUGUCAUCAACAUCGGAUCGGAUGGCUCCAACUCGAGUGACCUGGAUGUGAAACUGGAAUGAGGCCGUAUCUCGGUUUAUUUUGACAGCCCGAAACAAACCCACUGCGAUACACACACAGGAUGAUUACAGCAGCGGCGGGUAGCUAACUUGUCAAGCGGCAUUUAAGACACUGUUUUCUGAAAUAACAACCGUCGUAAAGUAUGGAUGAGGUUGGAAGUGUGUGGUUAGUCUGCUAGCUUUCUUGCAGUGUGCAGGAUGGAAAACAGAUGGCAAGCGCAGAAAACAAUGUUAUUGUUAGCCAGUUAGCUAACGUUAGCGCCUCGGCUAGCUAUCAAUAUUACAACAAAUUAGAGGGCUGAGUUAGCCUAGCUAGCCAUGUGUCUAAAUGGGCACAGCAUCCUAAUUUGCUAGCUAAUCAGCCACUUUGACAGCGCUGCUGGCAGUUUUGGCAGACGAACACUUAACACCUGCCCGCACCACAACUUGCAAACAAGCUUUAAACAUUUGCUGCUGUGUGAACUACGCUAGCUAACCAGCUGUGCGGAUCAGCAUUGAACUUCCUUGCUACAGUCUGCUGUGGUGUCACUGCAAUCUGCUUCUUGCAGUAAACAUAUUGCAAACGUAGCUUGGCUACUGUCAAACCAGCCAGCGAGCGACAGCCAUGGCUCAAGAGGCGUUUCCCCUACAUUUUCUGGUUUGGAAUAAUCAGUACCUGGAACUUGACAGAGAGCUGCAGAAAAAGGAGCAGGAUGUGGAGCGCUUGGACCCGAGGGGGCGCACCCCGCUGGAGCUGGCAGUGUGUCUGGGCCACCUGGAGUCAACCCGUGUGCUGCUCAGACACUCUGCUGACCCAACGCACUGCAACUCACAGAGCUGGACCAUUCUGCAGGAGGCAGUGAGCACUGGGGACCCGGAGCUUGUUCAGCUGGUGCUCCAGUACAGAGACUUCAAGCGUGCUACUGAGAGACUGGCUGGCAUCCCAGAGCUGCUCAGCAAACUACGACAGGCGCGGGACUUCUAUGUGGAAAUGAAGUGGGAGUUCACCAGUUGGGUGCCCUUGGUGUCAAAGGUGUGUCCCAGUGACGUUUACCGGGUGUGGAAGAGCGGUUCGUGCCUCCGCGUGGACACCACCCUGCUGGGGUUUGAGCAUAUGACCUGGCUCAAAGGACGACGCAGCUACAUCUUCAAGGGCGGAGAUGACGGAGCCAUGGUGAUGGAGGUGGACCAUGAGAAGCAGGUGGUGUACACAGAGCCCUUGGUGUUGUCCCCUCGCGAUGCCCCCUCCCUCCUGGCCGCCAUGCAGCCGUCACAGGAGAACACGGCCCAGAGGCUCACGUCGCCCAUCGUCUCCACACACCUCAACACACGCAACAUCGCCUUCGAGAGAAACAAGUCGGGAAUCUGGGGCUGGCGUUCUGAGAAGAGCGAGGUGGUCAGUGGCUAUGAAGCUAAGGUUUACAGUGCUACCAAUGUGGAGCUGGUGACUCGCUCAAGAACGGAGCAUCUAUCAGACCAGGAUAAGUCAAGGAGCAAAGGGUCAAAGACCCCUCUGCAGUCUUUCCUCGGGAUAGCUGAACAGCACACUACUCACAAUGGGAGUAAUGUGUCUCAGUGCGCCAGCCCCCACAACCCCACAGCCAUCACAGCUGAGGAAUACUUCAACCCGGACUUCAAUCUGAACGGCCGGGAUAUCGGACGCCCUGUCGAGCUUACCAGCAAAGUCCAGAGGUUUAAAGCCACCCUGUGGCUGAGUGAGGUUCAUCCUCUGUCACUGGCUGAGCAGGUGACGCCCAUCAUCGACCUUAUGGCCAUCUCCAACGCCCACUUUGCCAAGCUGCGGGAUUUCAUCACCCUGCGCCUGCCUCCGGGUUUCCCUGUCAAGAUAGAGAUUCCCCUGUUCCAUGUGUUGAAUGCCAGAGUGACCUUCAGUAACCUUUGUGGCUGCGAUGAGCCUGUCAGCUCUGUUACCGUACACACACCAGAGGGCUCUGCAGAGGCUGGUCAGUCUCCCCCUCCCUUCCAGUGUGAGGUGGACCCCUCUGUGUUCGAGCCCCCACCGGACUACACCACGCUCGGUCCGGGCCGCAGUGAGCCAAUGAGGGAUGAGGAUGACAACCUUCUGCAGUUUGCCAUCCAGCAGAGCCUCUUGGACGCCGGCACAGAGAGCGACCAGGUGACCAUCUGGGAGGCCCUAACCAACAGCCGCCCAGUCCCUCAGUCUCCACUGUAUGAAGAAGACUCUCAGCUGGAGAGAGCGAUCCAGGAGUCCCUGUCCAUCUCUUUGGCUAGUAGAGAGGGAGAAGACACCGCUGACCCCAGCCAGCCCUCCUCUGCCUCCCCACUGGACCCUUCUGCUAAUUCCCCGCCCUCCUACAGCACAGUGGCCGAGCCCCUUUUGCCGGGACACUUUGGCGUGGCAACCAGCUUCGAUGAGCAGCUGCGUAUUGCCAUGGAGCUGUCGUGCAGGGAGCAGGAGGAGAUGGACAGGAAGCGGAAGGAGGAAGAGGAGGAGCUUGAGAGGAUCCUUCAGCUGUCACUCACCGAGAAGUAAUGUCACAACAACAUCGAUGGAGGCGGGUCUUCGUUGAGGAACAAUCCUCUUAAUUUAUUCUGUUUGAUUUGGAGUUUUUUUUUUUUUUUUUUUUUUUUUUUAAUCCUGAGAUGUUAAGUUAUUACAGAUAUUUUAUUUGUUUCUCAAACAAAGGCUGCUACAAGUGUUUGGUUAAUAUGGGGUGAAUUAGCUCAGCGAAGUGAGUGGGAGGGCGAGCAGGUGAAAACAGGUACUCUUAAACACUACACUGAUGGAGGAGGCAAAAGGGAGAGUCUUUGUUUUUUUCUUCUUUUAUAUUUUUCACAAAUUCUGCUGUCUUUAUUGAGUGAUGAAUGAUCCUUCAACUGUAAUCCUAUAAUAUAAACUAUCGAUGAUACUGAUAAUGAUGAAAACUAAGAAAUUACCAUUAUAAUGGAAUAACUGAUAAAAAAUAUGAUUAUAACAUCUGAAACAUAUUUAUGUUGGAUGACUCCUGUGUGUGGGGAAAAAAAAAGAUCCUGAAUGAUUAAGUACUUUAUUUCACGCUUAUGAACAUGAAAUUAA